UGGAUUUUUCAUCGUGUUCGCUUCGUUACGGAUAUCUUCUCAAUAUCUUCUAUUCCAAAGCACCAUACAUAUAUAUAUAUGCAAUUUUUGCUGCAAGUUGAACAAAAAUAAAAACAAAACAAAAAUUUAAAAAAAAAUUGUAAUUUGGCAAAAUCAGCUCGAAUUAGAACGCGAGCUGUGUUGUGCAGCGCGCAAAAAAAACAAAAACAAAAGCUCCGAGCCCUUUAAUACACACACUGAUUGAUUGAUGUAUGGAUAAGUGCAUUGCAGAUUCCAAUUGGUUUUGAUUGUGUGUGUGGGUGUUUUUUUGAACAGGCAUUUUAUGUUCUAAACGGAAUACAUAUUUUUUUAUUGUUACAUUUAUACAUUGUCGUAUAAUAACAAGUGCGAACAGAACACAUUUGAACGAUUCCAACCAAAAACAAACAUAUAAAAAUUCACCAAAUUGCAUUUUGUGUGCAUAUUCUUCUCACAUCUAUUGCUGCCAACAAAACCCACGCGUAGCACAAAAAAAUCACACACACAAGCGUAGAGACGAAACGAAUCCCAACGCCAAAAGCAAGUUGCCAAACAAAAACAACACCAGCAACAGCAAAAACAGGCUCCAGCAGUUUGCUGCAGCAGCGCGCCAACAUCGCUGUCAACGUCGCUGCAUUUUAGCCCAGCAGCAUUAACGUUGACGUUGUUGUUGUUGUCGUCGCCGCCGCCGCGAGACGGAUAAGAGCACAAAAGGCAAUCACAAAAAGUACUCACAUCGAGUCUAUCGAAACUCACAGGAGAAGUCAAGCACCUGGUAAAACAGUACAACAAAACUAACCUACAAGCAAAAUAAGAGAUAAUAGAAAACGAGUGAGAGAGAGAGAGAGAGGAUAAAAUUGUUGUUGCUUCUUGUUGUGCAUUCCAAAACACUCGAAAAAAAACACACUGUGCAAGGGAGAGUGAAGAACGUGAGCAGCAGAAAAAAAGUCCACAUUGCAAGAGUGCUAGAAGGAAAGAAAGAGACAGAGAGCGGAGCAUAAGCAGUAGAAGCAUGGAGUUAGAGUCGAACAGCAACAAACACGCCAAUGGCGACACUUCGAGUGUUGGCGAUGGCUCGGACUCAAAGGAAAGCUCCGUGGAACGCGAAUUGAAUGGCGAAAUCGAGGCAGUGGAGCUAAAUGGCAGCGGCUCAUCGAAUGGCCAUCAUCAUCAACAUCAACAUCAGGGGUCAGGUCACAUGAAGAAACCGCUGCCCGUGGGCGACGGACACGAUGGUCGGAUCAAACGCAAGGCACGUCGCCUCAUCCAAAGACAGAACAGCGGCAGCGGAUCAAAUGCCGGCAGCAGCAGUACAACAAUAUCGCUGACCAACGGAGGCGGCGGCAGUGCAUCAAAUGCAUCUGGUGCAUCGGCCAGCUCAGCAACAGGUUCCAGCGCCAAUGCGUCAGCGGCCCUCUCAUCGCUGUCCAAUGGCAUCCUUCCAGCGGGCACCGGGUAUGUGGUGCCGCAUCGUCGCUGGAAGAAUAGCCGAAGAUCCCGGAAUCUGCAGCGUGGUCGUGGACUGCCCAAGAAGGGUGGAGCCGGAGGCAAAGGUGUGUGGGGAUUGCCCGGUUCGGAAGUGCUCGCCGAGGUGUAUGAGGAUGAGAAUGAUCCCAACUACGAUAGCGAGUGCAACGAUCGCAAUGUGGAGCUACGCGAGGUGAUUACCGAAAUCACACCCGAGGAGUUCUUCAAGCUCGCCGAACCGAUCGUGCUCGAGUACUACGAGCAUGGCGAUACCCAUGAGGUGGCCGUCAGCUUCGAUGAGAUACUGCAGAGUCCGUUGCGUGAACACAUCACCAGCAUACUGGUCGAGAUUGCCAUGGAUCACAAGGAUUCGCAGCGGGAAAUGACCUCGGUGCUCAUUUCGGAUCUCUACGGUCGCGUCAUCACCGGCAAGGACAUCGAGAAGGGCUUCAACAUGCUGUUGGCCAAUCUGCCCGACCUCAUACUCGACACCCCCGAGGCCCCCGUCAUGCUUGGCAAUUUCAUGGCCCGCGCCAUCGCCGACGAUUGCAUGCCACCGAAAUUCGUCAGUCGACCCGAGGAGCAUCAGCAGCUAAACGAGCACGCCGAGCAGGCGCUCCGACGUGCCGACGCCCUGCUCCACAAGCAGGUCUGGGCACAUCUCGACAAUGUCUGGGGCAUGGGCGGUCCCUUGCGACCGGUGAAGACGAUCACCAAGCAGAUGACCCUGCUCCUCAAGGAGUAUCUCUCGUCGCGGGACGUCGCCGAGGCGCAGCGUUGUCUUCGUGCCCUCGAGGUGCCCCACUAUCAUCAUGAGCUUGUCUAUGAGGCUAUUGUGAUGACUCUCGAAUCGCUCAGUCAGACCACCGAGGAGGCCAUGUGUGAGCUGCUCAAAUCGCUGGAUUUAACCUGUCUGGUUUUGCCAGCAGGCAUGGAGCAGGGCUUCAUGCGAGUCUACGAUGAUAUGGCGGACAUCGUGCUGGACGUGCCAUUGGCGUAUAUAAUACUCGAUCGAUUUGUGGAGCGCUGUAAUCGUGCCGGUUUUCUAACCGACAAGAUUAUCAACAAUGUGCCAUCACGUGGACGCAAGCGUUUCGUCUCUGAGGGCGACGGUGGCCACGUGAAGCCCGCAACUUUGCCCAUGCGCGACUAAGAAUCGACAAAUGAUUGAUUGCUAUCUCUCUCUCCCCAACAAGAACAACCAGCAUCUCAACAUCAACUAGAAGAAGAACUAGAACAACAAAAGCAACUAACGAGUACAAGCAGCAAAAACAACAAAAACAAUUUGUAAGAGAGAGCUGUGCUUGAGUGAUCGGCUACGAGUGAAAGAGAGAGAGAGAGGAGACGAUUGCAGAAGAAGAGUGAGGAUAUCCAUCGGCUAAAGCAAGAAAAAAAUAAUAAAACCAAAAAAGAAUAUAACAAGAAACAAACAACAACAACAAAUACACAACAAUCAAUCGGAAAUUGAUCUCCGUUUAAACUACAUGAAUAAUAUAUACAUAUACAUACAUAUAUCUACAUAUAACAUAAAUUUAUUUUAAAAUAUUUGUAAAAAAAAAACAAA